UGUUGUUGCUAACUGCUUAUUAAGGACGACGUUUGCAAUGUAAGCAGGCACGUCCGAAGACGCGCAGGUGAUUUACCCACACACGAACCCAAGGCUGGCAUUGCAUAUUCAAUGCAUGCUCUAGACAUUGGCGUCCCAUCGCUUUUGCAUCAAAAAUAGCUUCCCAAGACAAGCCGUACGCAAGUUUACGCAGAUCUCCGGCCGCUGCGGCCGUGCCGCGGUAAAAUUAAUAAUCUUGUGUUGUGAAUAUCGAUAUUUUGUGCCGUGCCUGUGAAUCUAGUUAGAAAGAAAUAAAGGGAUAUUUAUUUAUAAUAUCGGGGACGCUCGCGCUGUCAACGAACCAGCCCGAUCUUCCAUCUUUGGCGGCGGAAGUGGCGGCGGAUGUCCCGGCAAUGGAUAACCCGUCAUAUUUUGCGCUUCCCAACGCCGAUGUUCUGGACAGCGCAGAAUCAAAUCAAACCGCGGAGCCAUGCUCCCGCUCGGCACCGAGCCGCGUCUGGGCAGAUGGCAGAUCUCUGGGCUCUCCGCGACGACGGGAGCCAGAGAGCCCCCGGAGAAGGGAAUUCCGAGCACUAUUCCGGUCUUUGUCGGCCAAGGAGCCGGAGCAGGCAGAGGCAUUUCUGCGAGGGCAGCCCAGACCGGGGGAUGUCGCGCCGGGCGACAUGAGGCACAGUUCCACAGCACCACGGAUAAAAAAAGGAAAAAUCAGCACGACCGUGGUUACACCUGAUGGCCCUCAGGAGCGUGAAGAGGUGUUUUACACAAUCCCCCUUCAGGGUCGCAGAAGGCACUCCGUGGGGGGUUACUUGGCGGCGGGCGCGUCGGGCGCCGGAGAAGUUACCUCAGUGCCCAGCGAAGUGCCUAAAAUGCCACCGCCGCGGUUCGGACCCAAAGAAGAAGAAGUCAAACGUAGAAGACCGAAGAACUUUCCCUUUAAAGAGAUGGAAGACAUCGCGAUCCUGUGGAGUUCAGGCUCGCCUGAGAGCGCGCUCUGGUCAGACUACCUCGUAGCAAGCUUCGACAAGAUCAUGUCUCAGAGGGCCCGCCAUCACUACAGAGUGACGCCUAUAACUGUGGAGGAGCUAAUGGCCAGCGACUCACAAGAGAAAAUAGAGAAACUUUCAAAAUCUCAGCUUCAAAUAGUGAUCCUGUGCCCGAACCUCGCCACCAAGAUGUCGGACCUGAAGGUGGAAAGCAACAUGGAGACGCUGUUCAAAGUCGACAAGGUGCUGGUAAUGCUGCUAGGCGUCGAAAAGAAUCAAGUUAUUGCGAACAACUGUGAAGACUACCCCACGAUAGACCAGUGGCAGAUGAUGUCGGUGCGCGAGAAGGACACGUCCUUCGUGGACACGUUCCUCACGGCCGCCGUGGGCAUCCUGCGCACCAAGGACUGCAAGGACACCGCCACCGACCGCACCAGCUUCUCUAUAGUGCCGAAGAAAGUCAAAAUUGGACAUAGUCGGGUCAUAGCACUGCUCAACGAUCCAAUCAGAGAAGAGGACAGUAUCAAGAUAAUCGUCGACAAGAAAGGGGAAGCCAUCCACAUACCGACGUAUAAGAAGCGGAAUCCUUAUACGCUGCAAUUUGACAUUCCAGAAUCGUGUCUGGAUGUAUCUAUGCUGGUGUGGGUUAGAGUCAGCAAAAACGGCCAGCCGUUAGGAAGGAGGCAAAUCAAAUGCGAAAGUCGACUUAGAGAGUUGGACCAGCUAUUGAGGGCGUCGGAUCACCCUUUGGAAUUCAUGUGCCAGACUUUAGGUUUUAAAACAACAAGUAAAGAGCAGCUCGACAGUUGGAUGCUCAGCGCAUUCCAGAAGAACAUUCCUCCACACUUCAACUUGCUCGUUUCUAAUGAGCAGUUUAAUCCUAAGGCUGAUGUAUCAAGCGGCGAAGAAUACCCCACCCUGCUGCACUGGGCGGCACGCUUUGGGCUGGAGCGGCUGUGCUGGCAGCUGCUGGAGUGCCCGGGCGGCGGCGCGGCCGUGGCGCUGCGCAACGUGCGCCAGCGCACGCCCGCCGACUUGGCGCGCGACCACCACCACGCUAAGCUCGCCGACGUGCUGGCUGACCAUAUGAAAAUAAACGAAUUCUCCAAUAUGUACUACUAUUUAAAAAAUAUGACUGAAAGCGACAAAGACGAAGACCAAAAGGAAAUCAACCACGAUGAAGAGUUACGAAUUGUAGAAACGUGCGACACUGUCGACUCCCCCACGAGCCCCGAAGCGAAAGCUGUGGAAGAGCCGGCCACCGACCCCUUCAGCGAGGCAUGCACUCAAACCUUGGAAGACAAUUUAGACAAACUUAGCGAAAACAAAAAGAAACGACCCGUCCUGAAAAUACCAAAGAUGAAAGAGCAACUUUACCAAAACGACAUUCCUUUCCACGAUGACACCGCCGGCAGGAUCCAGCAGGCGAUAGAGCACGACUACCUCGUCCAGCCGUCCAACAUCAAAGUGGAGAGCCCUAAAUUCAGACCCAACAACUUGUAUGCCAACAGCUCCCGGCUCAUGCCUCAGCAGUCCGACGUUUUCCUUUACUCACCCACCGAAGAAUUCAAAAACUUUAACAUAGAAACUCCCACCAGUGACAUAAGCCAAAUAAACUUGAAUGCCAAAGAUAGGUGUAGCGCUAAAUCAGGGAAAGAAAUGUUCCCGUUAAACGGACAAGACGAGUUAGCGGAAAUUAUAAACGAUUUUAAGAACAAUGUAUUCUCUAUUUCUGAAGUCGAAAAACUGGUUAUGGAAUGGAAGAACCGGAAUGAGACGCAGCAAUCCUUAAAAGAGAAACAGGAGCAGCUUAACAAAAUGCGUGAUGAGUACGACAAGAUCCAACAAAGAAUUAAGGACAAUUUGAAAAGGCCAACCCCGUUCGAGAGGGUAAAGAAAAUUUUCUCCAAAGGCAAAAAACAUCACGACCAAAAUGGAUCCGUUGAAAAAAGGAAAGGAAAUACGCGCCCCAACAGCAGCUUAAGCGACAGUUCAUCAUCAUCUGGGCGCCUGAGUACCGUGAGCGGAGGCAGUGUGGCGGAGACCAACAGCGUUCAGUCAGAACAUGACGACAAGGCGAGAUCUAUUAUUUCGGCCAGUACCCUGACGAUGCACUCGGCGAGCGAGCACGACAGCCGGCUCGACGACUACCUGGUCCCGCCGCCGCCGCGCCCGCUCAACGGCUGCCCGCAGUUCACCACCUUCGGCCACCCUAAACAAGAUCAGAACAGAGGCCACAUGGCAACAAUAGUGGAGCGCGAAACCUCAGCGUCGCGGGAGCGCCUGGACUGCGAGUCGGACGCCAGCAGCACGCACCUCCGCAUGAAGUUCCCGCGCGACCGCCCCGCCCCCACCGGCCGCUGCGACGACCGCGACGGCGCGCACAUGUACAUGAACAUAUCCGCGACGCACACCUAGUGUGGCGGGUGACACGAGGCUGUGGUGUAGUUUACAAUUUGGAGGGUACCCCGCCCAAAACAGACCAACCCAUUGAG